AUGACGCAUGCAUGCAUUGUAUUCUCCCGUUGGACCCCUUACAGCAGCAUCGUGCCUCCAGAUGAACAAUCUUCAACGAAGGGCCCCCAAGGGGCCCCCCAAGGGGCCCCCCAGGGGGCCCCUCAAGAUGGCUAUCAAUGGAGGGGCCCCCAGGGGGGCCCCCAAGUAGCCCCCUUCUCUGUCUCUUCUUCUGGUCUUAGUGGCGAGGAGUUAAGAAGUCUAUUAAGGUAUGAGAGGGUACUAAAGGGAGAAGAAGAGCAGCAGCAGCAGCAACAACAACAACAACAGCAGCAGCAGCACCAACAGCAGCAGCAGCAGCACCAACAGCAGCAGCAGCAGCAGCAGCAGGAAAAGGAUUAUACUAUGUCUCUAAGAAAAGAGAGACCCUGGAGCAGCAGCAGCAGCAGCAGCAGCAGCAGCAGCAGCAAUAGGAUGGGUGUACGUCGAUUUGGUAGCCGUCCAGAGGAGGAUCAAGUUGGGGACCCCCAGGAGAGGGGCCCCCCUGGGGGCCCCUCUCCUGGGGACCCCUCUCCUAAGGGCCCCCUUGGGGGGCCACUUGGGGGCCCCCAGGGGGCCCCCCCUGAUGAGGUCCUACCUAAGACCCCUUUAGGUAUUAUAAUGGAGCAGCUGCCCAACUUAGAUCCUGCAGAGUUUUUGCUGCUGUAUUCGCGCAUGCAGCCCCAUCUUCGUGCUGCUGCUGCUGCUGCUGCUUCUCCUUUACCCCCACAAGAUUUCUUUGAUGGACAAGCAGCAGCAGCAGCAACAACAACAACAACAGCAGCAGCAACAACAGCAACAGCAGCAUCAGCAUCAGAUGCUGCAGCAGCAGCAACAACAACAGCAGCAACAGCAGCAGCAGCAACAACAACAACAGGUUAUGAUGUAUCUACAGAAUCCCUGGAUAAGAGACUAGAGAGACUUACCCUCAGCAGCAGCAGCAGCAGCAGCAGCAGCAGUAGCAGCAGCAGCAGCAGCAGCAGGAAGAGAGAAACAGUAACGUAUGGAGGUGUUAAUUGUGUUGAUAGGUGGGGUUGUUGGUGUAUAGAUAGUGUAGGAGGGUACCGUUGGGGCCCCCAUGAUGAAUUAGGUAACAAGAGGGGCCCCCGUUAUUUUUUACGUAAUAUAUUAAUUGGGGUGUAUAGGCAGGGUAUAAUUUAUGAUUAUGUUUCUUGGUACGAAGUAACAAUUAGAUUUAUUUCUUUUUAUCUUUCUUUUGUACUGCAUGCACAUAGUUACCUGCAGAGACACCUGGAGGGGACAGGCAAUAUAUUACCUUCUUUCCCUCAAUUAUACUGCAGCAGCAGCAGCAGCAGCAGCAACAGCAGCAGCAGCAGCAGCAGCAGGAAAAGGGAAGGACUACCUUAUGCUUAUGCAUCAUCAUCUGGAUCCUCUCCUCUUCCUCCUUCUUCUCCUAUUACAUCUACAGCAGCAGCAGCAAUACCUACAACAACAACAGCAGCAGCAGCAGCAGCAGCAGCAGCAGCAGCACGACCCCUAGUAGCUGUAGAUGGUUGCUGUGGGGCUGGAGGAGACGUCUCCCAAUUGUCUCGUCUUUUUGAUUUAGUUAUUGGCAUAGAUAAGUGUCUCCUUAAAUUGUCUCUAUGUAGGCAUAAUACCUUGCUGCAUGCAAAAAGCAGCAGCAGCAGCAGCAGCAGCAGCAGCAGCAGCAACCGUGUAGCAGCAAAUGCAGCACCUAUUGUAUUAUUACAUCAAACACUGCAGCAAGUGCAACAAUUUAGAGGAGGAUGGAGUAUAAGAGAUUACCAUCCACAGCAGCAGCAGCAGCAGCAGCAGCAGCAACGGCAGCAGCAGCAGCAGCAGGAGCAGCAGCAGAAUAUGACGCUAAAGGCGUUGCUGCAGCAGCAAUCUGCAAUUAAUGAAGAAUUUAAUAACAAUAUAAAAAUAGAGGAAUGGAAUGAUUGUGAGGAAGCAGCAGCAGCAGCAGCAGCAGCAACAGCAGCAGCAGCAGCAGGACCUGCAGCAACAGCAGCAGCAGCAGCACCAGCUGCAGCACCAGCAGCAACUUCUUAUGAAGAUCUGUGUCUCUGUGUACCCUUUAGUCAUAUGCGUUGCUGCUUCUGUAUAAGAAGAGACAAUCCUUCUCCUGCUGCUCGUGCUGCUGCUGCUGCUGCAGCAGCAGCAGCAGCAGAUGCUCUUGAAGAAUCUAUUAAAUCCCAAAGGGUACUAGGGGCCCCUGUUGGGGCCUCUGGUAGGGCCCCUAUGGGCCCCUCCCCUACAGGGGCCCCCGUAGGGGGCCCCUGUAGGGAUGACGUUUUCUCUUCUACUUGGCCCCCUAAGGGGUGGGCCCCCUGGAGGGGCCCCCCGGAGGGGGGCCCCUCCGAUAGGGGGGGCCCCACUGUUAUACACCCAGGGGCCCCUAAGGUAGUAGAUGGAGAGAAGAUGAUGGGUAUAGAUUGGGUAUAUAUGUCUCCUCCUUGGGGAGGAGAAGGGUACGAAGGGAAGAAAGGAUUUAUAAGAAGGAGAUACUUUAUUAGCCAACAAAAAGAAUUAUUGUCCUUAAUUAUUGCUGCUGCUAGGUAA